AUGUCAAAACUUCAUCUUCUGGUGAUAGCAUUUUCUCUGCUCGCCGCCGGCAUGGGAACACCACAUCGCCGGACAUAUCUGUAUGUCGGAGGCGACUACACCCUCAACAGCGAUGGAGAACACAUCUUCACCGACCAGAUGUACGUCGAGCGGCUUACUCCCGUCGAUGGGCCGGUUAAAGAGUAUCCGAUCGUGUUCAUCCACGGAGCCGAUCAAACAGCAACGAACUGGCUGAACAAACCUGACGGAAGUGAAGGAUGGGCGUCUUACUUUCUCUCCCAAGGCUACGAAUGCUACUUGCUCGAUCAGACAUCCCGCGGCAGGAGUCCUUGGGAUGCCCAGAACGGAAAGUUGAGGAAAUACAGUGCCGAGUUCCUGCAGAAGUACUUUACUGCCACAGAGAAAUACAACCUCUGGCCACAGGCGAGUCUCCACACCCAGUGGCCAGGAACUGGAGUUAUGGGCGAUUCCAUCUUCGAUGCGUAUUAUGCGUCGACCGUCCCUUCGCUUGCGGACAACGCUGCUCAAGAGUCUUCCAUGCAGCCUGCUGGCGCUGCAUUGUUAGACGCCAUCGGCAAGCCGGUGAUACUUGUCGCUCAUUCUCAGGGAGGAUCGAUGUCUUGGGUCAUCGCAGAUAGGAGACCGGAUCUGGUGCAUUCCAUCAUCGCGAUUGAACCAUCUGGUCCACCAUUUCAAAAUGCGGUUUUCGGGAGUGGACCGGCGCGUCCGUACGGAUUGACGGAUAUACCGAUCACUUAUUCCCCUCCGGUGACCGAUCCAGCUACGGACUUUGUUAAACAGACGAUCACAUCCAGCUCCAGUGCAAGGUCGGAUUGUAUCAUCCAGGCUGAUGACCCUCCGCCUCGGCAGCUCGUCAACCUGUCCCAAAUUCCGACAUUGGUUGUUACAACCGAAGCAUCGUACCAUGCCACGCACGACUGGUGUACUGUUCGGUUCUUGCGACAAGCCGGAGUCCCCACAGAGCACCUGCAGCUAGAGGAGAUAGGUGUUCAUGGCAACGGGCAUAUGGUGUUCCUGGAGAAGAACAGCGACCAAGUGGUCAGAGCGAUACACAAGUGGAUGGAGGGAUCCGAUGUCCUCCGCAUGGUUUAG